AUGCUCCAUCGGGGGACGCUCGACUCGGACGUCAACCCGCUGUGCCGGAACGCCUCCGGCUACGUGUUCCGCUUCUUCGGCGGGCUGCAGGGCCUCCUCAUCAUACUGUCGUCCCUGGCCUUCUUCUCCGUGCUCCUCCUCACGCGCCACGCGGGCUGGCGGAAGCGGGGCAUGGGGCGCAUCAGGUCCGCCAUGAGGACGGGGCAGACGCUCUGCGCCUGCUGCAGGAGGUGGGGCGGGCCGCGCUGCUGCUGCUCGCGCCAGGCCCGCGAGCGCUGCGGGAGCGCGGGCUCCGGCGGCGUCACCGACGACAUCGACCAGAGCACCUUCCGGUUCCAGAAGAAGCACGCGCCCUACCACACCUGCCGCGUGUACCUGGGAGGGCAGAACAGGCGGUGCUGCCGCUGGAUCCUGAGCGCGUCGGCGCCCCCGGCGGUGGAGGCGCUGGUGGACGCGGGGCGCUGGGAGAGCCUGGCGGCUGAGGUGAACGCCGCCACGGCGGUGCCCUCUGCAGAGGUCUUCUGGGAGCGGCUCCUCGGCGUCGUCUACCCGCCGCUGGCGGAGGUCUACGCGCGCCACCGCCGCCUGCGGCGCGCGCAGCGCCUCCGGGACCGCGCCCGGGGCUAUUCCGAGGCCUCGAGGGCCGCGGGCCAGCCGGAGUUCUGGAGGCCGCGGCAGAUCCACGCGCGGGUGGAGUCCGCGGGCAGGCUGGUCAUGGCGUUCGGGUGCGACGCGGGCGCGACGCUCGGCUACCUGGACUUCUUCGACUUCUCGCGCAGCCCCGCCCGGGACUGGGCGCCGGUGGACCUGCGGCAGGAGGUGCACCUCCUGGUGGCACACGGGGACGGCUCGUUUCUGGAGCCCUUCGAGCUGGACAUCGGCGACCCCGUGGUGCAGCACCUGAUGAUGCCCACCCUGCGCACAAGGUCAUCGCGGCCUUCAACCGCAUGGCGAGGCUGA